CCGACUCCUGUACAUGCGCACUGAGAGCGUCUCGCAACCCACCCCGCUUCCCCGCACAUGCGCACCGGGGAUCGUCUAGCUGGCGGCGCCGGCGUGCGCGCCCCCGUGUAGGAGCCGGAAGUCGGGACGUGGCCGGCGCUGUGCGGGGGGAGGAUGGCGGCGGUGAGCAGCGCAGAGCGCUUGGAGGUCUCCAUAGACGGGAUGACGCUGACCCCAGACCCCGAGGAGCCCGCAGCCGGGGAGGCCCGGCCCGUGGGAGACGACCAGAGGCCGGAGCCGCCGGCACAGGACGAGGCGGACACCCGGAGUAUGGAGCAGCGCUGGGGCUUCAGCCUGGAGGAGCUCUAUGGGCUGGCGCUCAAGUUCUUCAAAGAUAAGGACGGGAAGGCCUUUCACCCAACAUACGAAGAGAAGCUCAAGCUGGUGGCUCUGCACAAACAAGUUCUCCUGGGGCCUUACAACCCCGACACCUGCCCUGAAGUUGGCUUCUUUGACGUUCUAGGCAACGAUCGGAGGAAAGAAUGGGCCGCCCUGGGCAACCUGAGCAAGCAGGACGCCAUGACGGAGUUCGUCACCUUAUUAAACAGAUGCUGCCACCUGUUCUCUACAUACGUCACGUCCCAUAAAAUAGAGAAGGAGGAGCAGAAGAGAAAGCGGAGAGAAGAGGAGGAACGCAGAAGGCGGGAAGAGGAGGAGCGGCAGCGCUUGCUGAGGGAAGAGGAGAAGCGGAGGAGAGAAGAAGAGGAGAGAAUGAGGAGGGAGGAGGAGGAAAGGAUGCGGGCGGAGGAUGAACGCUUUCGUAUGGAGCAGCAGAAGCAGCAGAUAAUGGCCGCUCUGAACUCGCAGACCGCGCUGCAGUUUCAGCAGUACGCAGCGCAGCAGUAUCCGGGGAACUUCGAGCAGCAGCAGAUCCUGAUCCGGCAACUGCAGGAGCAGCACUACCAGCAGUAUAUGCAGCAGCUGUAUCAAGUGCAGCUGGCUCAGCAACAGGCUGCUUUGCAGAAACAACAAGAAUCGCUAUCGGCAGGAACAAUCUCCCCCCUUAGCUCUCCUGCCAAGAUGAAUGCGGGAAGUGCUGCAGCCGCUGGCGAAUGUCCCUCAGUCAACGGACAGAGUCACCCUCACAUAGACAGCACAGAGACAGAACUGGAGCCAGACCCCUUGGAAGACAUACUGGAGAAUGGGCCCAAAGAGUCCACGCCGGUGAUCGCCGCGCCUUCCAUGUGGACCCGACCCCAGAUAAAAGACUUCAAAGAGAAAAUCCGCCAGGAUGCGGACUCUGUGAUCACCGUGGGGAGAGGGGAGGUGGUCACGGUCCGAGUUCCCACGCACGAAGAGGGCUCCUACCUUUUCUGGGAGUUUGCUACAGAUAGUUUUGACAUUGGUUUUGGGGUUUACUUUGAAUGGACAGACUCCCCGAACACGGCGGUGAGCGUGCACGUCAGCGAGUCCAGCGAGGACGAGGAAGAAGACGAAGGUAUGUUACACGGUACAGAGAACCCAAACAACGAAGAGAAAGCCAAAAAGAACACCAACAAGCCUCACCUGGACGAGAUUGUGCCGGUGUACAGACGGGAUUGCCAUGAAGAGGUGUAUGCCGGCAGCCACCAGUACCCGGGCCGGGGAGUCUACCUGCUGAAAUUUGACAACUCUUACUCUUUGUGGAGGUCGAAAUCCGUAUACUACAGAGUGUACUAUACUAGAUAAAGGGGGCGGGGGUCAGCGGGAGGGAUAGGGCAGGGAGUAGAUCACGUUCCAGCCAGUGUUGUCUCCCAGUGCGUUGUCAUCUUACUCUCGUACGGUGGCCGAUGGUGAUUAAUGCUUCACGUGUUCGGCCGGCUGCCAUUUAACCCUUUCGGUGUUACAAAGCGCCCGCAUUGAAGGGGUAAAGUGUCCAGAUUUGCCUGUACUCAAAACGUUUUUGUUUUACGCCUGUCUGGGUUUUUUUAACUAUUCUAUUUCCCCCCCUGUGUGUAUUGGACAAUUCAUUCCCUACGGAGGAGGAGUACGUGCAUGGAAGUGUAGCGUGUGUCUGUCGCGCAGUAUGAUUUCUGUCUUUUCAUAGGCCCAUCAGCCAUCACAACUGCAUAAUUCCAGUCCCUUUAUGCGUUGGCGACUGGAGCUCCUUGUUUAAGUUCUCCUCCGAAGUCCUGUUUCUGUCUUGAAGGCUCCACAGACUUUACAAUGAGUAAACUAUCUGAGAGACAAAAUGGGCUUGGUGUGUCGUGGGGAAAAUGGCUGAGAAUCGGAGGUCUGCGUAACGUGGCGCUUACUGCAUUUAGAUUUGAGCUCUUUACUAAUGUAAGUUAUCUGACAGCGCAGAGUACAACUUCCCUACUGUAAAUGCUAUCCUGUUUGAUGCACGGAGCAUUCCGCGUCGCUCUGAAGUGCUCUUGGCUGAUAUUCUCUCCCCCCCCACCCCCCUUUCCCGUAGCAAAGUAUAAAACACGGAUGUGCUGGUACCUUUAUUAAGAGUAUUAGCAGAGGGCCGUGUAGUGAGCAACUGUCAGGUUGCUAUAGGAUAUGUCAUAUAUGUGCUAUUGGUUCUAUGAAAUAUGCCUUGAUGUACACGAGGGUUUGGGGUAAAAAUUAUCUAUUCUGAUCAGUCUUAGUUGCACAAAUGAAACAAUCCAUUGUACGCUGAAACAUGUAAAUAUUAAAAAGGGUUUAAUUCAGAACUGUAUGUUCAUUUUAACACUUCUCUGCCGUUUCAUCUUGGCAUAAUGGAGAACAUACCCCUAUGAAGAUUGUUUUGUAAACCCCUCCCUUUGUGAUUGGUGAAAACUGGUGCAGAGGGAAGUACACAAUGUUGCUGUAACCAGCGGCAACCAUUUAAGCACCAUUACCUCAAGUCAGACAAUGACAUCUAAUGUCUCACAGUUGCUUUUUUUUUUUGCAGUCAGCCGUCAGCGCAGUCUCCAUAAAUACUCCCUGGUAUAUAAUUGUGCCGGUUGCAAUAAUCUGGUAUUACGGCUCACAACAAUAACCCAUCGUCCUCACUGCAAAGAGAUCAAGGCAGCUAAUUAUUCCUGAUGCGUUUAAAGGGACACUGAUGAGUAGUGGAAUGUACCUGUGACCAAUAAGGUCGCCCCUGUGUAAGAUCACAUGACUCUUAUCCUAUCCUGGGCCAUCUUUUUAGCCAGAUAUAUGCGUUUGGUGUCCAGCAUCAGACAUGUCACGGUAAAUGCUGUUAUGCGGCCAGAUAUUCUAAUCCAUUGCCCCUUGUGACUGAAUUCUGAAUUUAGUAGGCAAUCUGAACCAUGAACCAUACCUUGCCUGAUUCAUGUUGCACUAAUGUAAUAGAUUUAUUUAAUUGUUCUGGUUAACCUUACAUUAUUUUCUGUUAAGAGUCUACUUUGUACUCCCUUAUGGCAUUUUUAUAUGUAAAGGUCUGAUCUCCUGUUAAAUUACGUUAUCCUAUAUGCCUGAAAAUAACCCUUUUUUCUGUUAGAGAACAUGAACUUUCUCAGAUAAUGUUCAUUGUUUUUCCCACUGCUGGCACCAAAUGUGUUCAUGCUUGUAACAACUGAACUUCUAUUUAUAUAUUUCUAUAAUGAUCCCCUGCAGAGAUUGCAGUGUAGUGUGUCUGAUAGCCAUCUGCCAUUUAUGGGGUGAACUAGAAGUAGAGGUUAUUUUCUGUACUUUUUUUUUUUUUUCAAUUGUAGGGAAUGUUUGCUGCAUGGGUUUGUGAAUACAUAUUCCAGGGAGGUUACCUUACAUGCCCGAAAAGAUUAUAUAUUCAGUGUUACUAUGUUAUCAAUGAAGGCUGGACGUUAACUGUAAUUACACGCAAAAGCUAAUUUAGGCCUAAUCACUUUUUGAAUUUCAAGUGCACACCAAAAAGUAAUGCAAACAGAAGAUGCUAUGUAUUACAGAACUGGCUCGUUUAAGGCAGGGGAGUCUUUUUUUUUUUUUUUUUUAGUGAACACUUUAAUGCAUAGCUAGCUAACCCGGUAAGUAAACUGGCAGGUAAUGCCUGUGGGGUUCUUUGGAGGGCUAUAUGGCUACAGGAUGCACAAUGGCAUUUGGAACACAUUGAUUGGCAUUUAUUAAAAUGAUCAUAUAAAUUUUAAUUAAUAUUAAGCACUACUAUUUUUGACCACAGACGUAACUGGCUUAUUGUGUGAUGAAUCUAUAGAUAUGUCUUAGAAAGACACGAAGUUAGUAUCGAUUUGUGGUCUGCUGGGUCAGUUUCCACCUCCAGACCAACUUUAAAUAAGAAUACGGUGAUGUCUAAUAAAAUACACAGAUUUUUUAGAUUAUUUGACGUUGGUGUAAAUGGUCCUAUUUAUGACUGAUCUGGAUGCGUUGUGGAAAAUACGAGUUAUGUACAGGUAAUUGAGACUAGCUGUUGGAUGUAUUUCCCGUGACAGGUAACGUUAGUUUUGUACAGAGAAGUGUCUUUCGUGAUGACCAGAAGACCACAGAAUACUGUAUGUAAAUGACAUAGUAAGAGGUAAAGCACUUUUUUCACAAGCGACGGCCGGUUACUGGUGUGUCUGCGUUAAUUCUCAUUCUUCCCAAUGUUACUGAUGUUCUCUGGAGAUGACAAUAACUGCUUCUGUGACUUUCCGGUCGUACUGCCUUCAAGCCGAUCAGUAACACAGUACAAGUGCAAUUUAAAGAAAGAAAAUCUCUUGGAAUAAUAUAUUUAAUCGUAAUAAAAAAAUAAAUACAAUUCUCUGUAUAUUUCCUAUUUUUCACGUGUUUUGAUAUCUCAUCUGUUUGUGUAAUGUCUCACCAUAAGGAUGUCAUACACUGUAAAUUUAGUUCUUAUAAAUACGUUUAUCCUCAUUAAAGCCAGAAUUUUCUCCUUUUA